UGCACUCCCAUGGAUUCCCCAUGAAUGCUCCCACUGUACUUCGCCACCAUUCAAACCAAUUCCGCCCAGGUAGUUUAUUAAUUAUCUUAGGUCAUGUUUACUACACUGUCACUCAUACUUUAUCAUGAAUCGGAAUAUCGAUCUGGACGAGUGCACACUAGUGGGAGAUAAUCGCGAGCGGGAGAGGGAGAGAGCUGGCAUGAGCGGGUUUGGGGAGAUAAUCGCGAGCGCCGUGGGGAAACAAGUCGCGGGCAAGCUCGGUGAACUCGCCACGGAGGAGGCCACCCUGCAGUGGAAGUUCAAGGACGAUGUUGAUGUCAUGGCGGACAAGAUGCAAGAUCUGGAGGCCGUUUUGCAUGAUGCGGAUGAUAGGCUGCGUCGACGAGGAAGAGAUGGGGAAGCUGUUGGGCGGUGGCUCACCAAAUUCAAGUCCGUCGCCUACGACGUCGAGGACGUGCUGGACGAUCUGGACGCCACCGAGCUCUUAAAGAAGAGCCAACCAAAGUUGAAACUGUUCUUUUCUUGGAACAAUCAAAUUCUCCAGCGGAUCACCAUGCCUCACAAGCUGAAGAAUGUGAGGGGGGAAAUAGAAAAAAUAAGAAAGGAGGGCCAGGCUCUCAAUCUUGUGAGACAUCAAGAACAAGCACAAGGGAGCAUAAACAAUGAAAGUUUUGUAGGCAUCUGUGAUGAAGGCUUGAAAUCUGGAGUGGUGGGGAGGGAUAUGGAAAAGGACAAAAUAAUCAGGCUGCUACUAAACAAUGACGGUUACGCUAGAGAGGCUAUAUCUAUUAUCCCGAUUGUCGGGCUUGGUGGUCUAGGAAAGUCAACAUUGGCUGAAUCAGUCUUUGUGGACAAGAGGGUCAAUGACUUCGAGGUCCGAGCCUGGGUUCAUGUGUCUAAGGAGUUUGGUCUGCGCAAAAUUGGGAGUGCCAUCCUCAAAAGCAUAAAUAGCAGCAUCAACCUUGACAAUUGUAGUUUGCAGUUUUUACAGGAAAAUCUCAAAAAGGAACUUGCUGGUAGAAGGUACUUGAUUGUUUUGGAUGAUCUUUGGGAAGAGGAUGUGGAUAAGCUGGAAAGGCUGAAGCGGAUGUUACGACAUGGCCGCACGGGUAGCAGGGUUAUUGUAACUACGCGUAACCAAAGCGUAGUGAAUAAAUUGAGCACCGGUGUUCUUGCACACCAAAGAAAAAUUUGUCCCGUGCCGAACUAUGAUCAAAUCAACUUGUGUGUUUUGUCAACUGAUGAAUGCUGGGAAGUAAUGAAGCAUACCACAUUUGGGCCCGAUGAUGACAAAAGUGACUUGGAGGAAAUUGGAAGGAAAAUUGCUGAGAAGUGUGGGGGUGUACCACUCGUGGCAAUUGCCCUUGGGCAAGUAAUGUCCGAGUUAAGGACUGUCGAGGCAUGGCAAAAAAUAAGAGACACAAACAUCGAUUUGGGUCAUAGAGAUCACAAGGACACAUUGGAGCGCCUCAUGCUAAGCUAUUACUACAUGAAGCUGGAAUUCAAAAUGUGCUUCACAUAUUUGGCGGCGUUUCCCAAGGGCUUCAUUAUAGAAAGUGAUCAUCUAAUUCAGCAAUGGAAGGCUCUUGGAUACAUAAUUGGAUGGGACGAUGGUAAAAGGUGCAUUAACUACCUUAUGGGGAUGUCUUUUCUUCAAAUUUCAAAAUCUUCCGCGAUUAGGUCAAGUCCAGUGCAUGCCAAUGCUCCUCGAGAGCUCACCAUGCAUGAUUUGGUGCAUGAUCUUGCAACGAUAAUUUUGGGACAUGAAUCCCUUGUUCUAAAUGCUACCGAGCCAAGGACUAGGAAGAAAGCAAAACAACGUUAUUGCCGACAUGCACAGUUGAUCAACUACCAGAAUCAGUAUAAGGUUUUCAAUGAUCUGCCAGGCAACAUCAGAUCCUUGCAUGUAAGACAUUCAAAGAAACAGCAGCUCCCGCAGAAGGCAUUUUCUAGAACCAAGUAUAUACGGGUCUUGGACCUAAGUGGAUGUUUAGCUGUGGGGCAGUCAACUACGAGAGAAAAACUUUUGCCAUCUUCCACUAUUCAGUUAAAGCUACUUAGGUACCUCAAUGCCUCUAGCUUGCCAAUUAGAUCACUUCCUAAGUCAUUCCAUACACUUCAAAAUAUGGAAACUCUAAUUCUGUCCAAUUGCUCACUUGCGACCUUGCCUAACAGUAUCUGUAGCCUCAGCAAACUUAGCUAUUUGGAUCUAGCUGGCAAUGCAAGGCUCAAAAACCUGCCACAAGAUUUCCACAAUCUUCAGAAUCUUAGGUUCUUGAACCUUUCUGGUUGCUACAAGAUUUCAUUUCUGCCAGAAUCAUUUUGCCAACUGAAGCAUUUGAAAUACCUAAACCUUUCAGAGUGUUGUGCCCUUAUAGUGCUCCCUGAAGGUUUUGGUGACCUUUCAGAACUUGAAUCUUUGAACCUUUCUGAUUGCUACAAGAUUUCAGUUAUGCCGGAAUCAUUUUGCCAAAUGACGCAUUUGAAAGACCUAAACCUUUCAGACUGCCGUGCCCUUAUAGUGCUCCCUGAAGGUUUUGGUAACCUUUCAGAGCUUGAAUCUUUGAACCUUUCUGAUUGCUACGAGAUUUCAGUUCUGCCAGAAUCACUUUGCCAACUGAAGCAUUUGAAAGACCUAAACCUUUCAGAUUGUCGAGCCCUUAUAGUACUCCCUGAAUGUUUUGGUGACCUUUCAAAGUUGGAGUCUUUGAACCUAACAAGUUGUCCCAGGCUAGCACGGUUGCCCGAGUCAAUCUGCAAGAUGACUAAUCUGAAGUGUCUCAAUUUGUCAUAUUGUCUAGGGAUCCUAGAGCUCCCCUCCUCACUAGGUGAUCUUAGUCUCCAAAUAUUGGACAUUUCUGCUGGUGCUCUCAUUCACUUGCCAGAUAGCAUCAGUAAAAUGGCUAGUCUCACGGAAUUUGUGGUCACGUCAGGACAUCCUAGGGUGUUUGGAGAAGCCCAGGAAAUAAAGAAGAGUCUAAAUUUGCCAGGCCGCACAGUACAUAGAGUAUGCAGGAGACCUUCAGGACACAACAGUAUAGUGGAGCUUGCACAUGAGAAUUGCCGUGAGUUGUUAAUUGGAUCUCUUCAGUGUGUCGAGAAACCACAAGACGCAAAGAGAGUCAACCUGCGUGAUAAAUCAUGUGUUCGGCAGUUAGCUCUCCACUGGAACAAACGGAAUAUGAAUGCUUCCCGCAAAAAAGGAAAGCUGAAUAUGAAUGCCGGUGAAUUAGAUGAAUCUAUUCUGGAGAACCUAAUACCAGCUCGAAAUCUUGAACAGUUUAUGAUACAAGGGUAUACGAGCAAGGGUUUCCCUAAUUGGAUGUCGCACAUAUCCUCCCACCUCCCUUGUAUUACCUAUCUGAGUCUUUCUGAUUUACGUGCAUGUGAAAAUCUUCCUCCGUUUGGGCAACUGCCAAACUUAAGAAGUCUAUAUCUGCAUAAAAUUCCUAAAAUCAGGAAAAUCGGCAAGGAAUUCUAUGGGGAAGGUGGAACUUGUAAGAAACUAAGAUUGCUACAACUGCAGUCAAUGGUCAAUUUGGCAGAAUGGUGGACAACACAGUCAGGCAAAGAAGAUGGAGAAUUUUUAAUCCCUAAUUUGCACAAUCUAGAGUUAAAGGACUGCCCAUUGUUGGAGUUCCUACCAUAUCCCCCCAGAAGUAUGUUUUGGUGCUUGGACAAUAGCGAUGAGGUUUUGACAGGACUACGAUUUGGGAAACUCUCAUCUUCCACUCUUCCUUAUCUCACUUCUCUACAGGUUUUGGGCAUAAAAGAUUGUUGCAAUUUAACUUUUUUGCCUGAAAGUAUGAAAAAACUCACUGCUCUGAGAGUGCUAAUGCUUCUCGAGUGCGAAGGACUAGAUAUAUUGCCGCAAUGGCUAGGACAGCUCAGUUCCCUACGAGAACUUCACAUCAGAGACUGUCCCAACAUCACAUCUUUGCCUGAAAGCAUACAAAACCUUACUGCCUUGGAGGAACUGUACAUUUCUGGUUGUUCAAGUCUGGUUGGAAGGUCCCGCAGGGAGGAUGCAUAUAAGGUUUCUCACAUCCAUAAAGUAAUAUUUGAGCCAGAAGAACCAAAUGAGGAACAAGGACAAGAAGAACCACAGGUACACAACUACUGA